GUUCCGCCUAGAAGGGUCGGCCCUUUGCCGGCUGAACUUUAGCCUGCUGCCCCAGAACCUCCAAACACCACCAGCACUUGUCACUUCUAUCAUUAACUCUCUACACAACAAAUAUACACUCCAACUUAAUUCUGUGGAUUGUUGAAUCGCUUGUGCUUUUGGCUCCAAAUAGAAGCUAACCGAAGCCCCUAUUCCUGAGCGAACAACGCUUGAGCAACCAGAUGUCCAGUCCUUGAAGGACAGCAGCAAUGGGGUAAAUGCCCAGCAAACACCCAUCAGAAAUUGAAGUCUGGAUAAGCUUUCCCGAAGCCAUUCAUGAUUCAUGAAACUUUCUCCACUCGGCCGAAGAAGUUACGCCAAUGAUUGAUCCUAGAAAAUCCCACAAGCUGAGGCUAUUCAAGCCUUUUCUGGAUUCUUCAGAACAGGAGAAACAGUUCCAUUCACAAGUCAUCAACAACCCCACGAUUUUGUUUGUGGGGCACGACGAUGUUGCCGGGUACAUGGCGCCCUUCAAUAUAAAUAUCAAAAUCGCGGGGUGAUCCACACAAUGCGCCUGAAAAUGCGGGGAACCGAGCAAGCUGAUUGCCUCAAUCCCUUUGGACCCAUGGGCUUUUAUUCCUGUUCUCCAAUCAGAGACGGUGGAUAAUGUUUUAUUUCUGGUAAUGGCCCUAAUGGGCUCAUGAAUGCGGGGUAAAUGUGGGCAAAUGUGAGUACCGGCAACUUGAUUAGAAGCUACAACAGCCUUGAUGACAUUUUUGUCUAUAUUCAACAUUCCAGUCUUAUCAUUAUAUUUUCUCUCUGGAGUUGGUGUUGUACAAGCUCAGAGAUCUCGAUUCUGGGAUGACAUUCUUCAUAUUGAACGCAAAACGCCCUUCAAAAUGACUAACUUGACGAAUGAGGGCCCAAGUAGCCACCAGAAAGAAGACGAAGGGGUGGAAAUUUCGAUGACAGAAGAUGUUGGGGAGAAGACGGUUGCCGUAGGACCAAUUCUUGUUAGAGUUGAUUCGUAUCGAGAUGAGCGACAUAUAUAUUUGACAUGGAGAUCUUGGGUUGUAGUUUUGUGAGUUACGGUUUUCAGUUGGAUUGUGUCUUGUGAACUCAAGCUAAUCGAAAUUCUCCUUCAAAUUAGUAUCAGUUGUUUUGCGUAAGUCUUCCAUCUCUUCCUCCCAGGACAUAUCGUUUGGAAACAUCAUAAGUCUUACGCUGAGGGUAUCCGUGCUGUAACUUUCAAAGAAUCAUGGCCCAGGUUUACGUUGUGGUUGCCGCAGGCUCUGUCAUUGGAUUCAUAACAAGAGACCUAGAACAUCCCGAGAUCUCGGGUUGGGUUAUUCAGGUAUUCUACACUGGCUUCUUCUCAAUAUUGAUUGUACUGAUUCCAAAACAGGGGCCGCUCUUAAUGCAAAGCGUCCUUUCUCCCCUCGUUGGUCGACUUUCGGAUGUCAUGGACAGGAAAUGGCUUGCAAUAUGUCCCACCAUUCUCUCUCUCGUAGGAGCGAUUGUCUCUGCCAGAGCUGAGAGUAUGAGUGUAUUGGUUGGUGGUGGAAUACUUGUUGGUUGCACACUUGCCACGAGUGCGAUUGUACAGGCGAUAACCUCUGAAGUCCUGCCACUGAAGUACAGGGCAAUAGCAAACGGUUUCGCAGGUUUAGGUGGGAGUCUGGGGGGCAUGUAUGUCUUUCUCCGUCUUUUGAUUCCACACAUUUUUGGCCAUUACGUAACUGAUUUUCAAUAGAACCGCGAGUCUUAGCGCUGGAGCUGCUACUAGUAGUGGAACAUCAGGGUGGAGAACUAUAUUCUGGAUUCAAGCCGGAUUCUUUGCUGUCACCAUUCUGGGGCUCUUGUUUUUCUACCAUCCCAAAAAGAAGACUGAGGUUAAAAGAUUGUCUUGGAGGAAUAUUUUCUGGGCUUGUGAUCCAAUUGGUUCUCUCUUGUUUAUCGUUAGUGCUACCUUGAUGCUUUUGGCGUUGGAUUGGGUCGGAGGUGUAUAUGAAUGGCAUGAUAAGCAUGUUAUUGCACCCUUGACGAUUGGUCUUGUUUGCUUGCUUCUAUUUGUCAUUUAUGGUAAGCCGUUUGUUUGCUGUAUCUUUUGUGUUAGUGUAGAAGAAUUUAUUUAAGCUAACUUACAACUUCAGAGUGGAAGGGAAGAAAUGAUGGACUUGUUGCGCACGUCUUUUUCAAAGGCGGUCCAAACUUUGGACUGGCAGUCUUCGCAUUCGCGAUAGAAGGGUACGGUGCCCCCUCUACUUAACAACUACAUAUCUUCUAUCUAUUGACACGAUAUAGUUGGAUUUUCUACAGUGCUGUGAACAGUAUCACACCCCUAGUUGUCCUCAACCUCGGAUUUGAGUCUACGGCAUGGAGAAUCUCGGUCAGACAACUCUCAUUCCAAGGUGUUGUCCUCUUCAUGCCAAUUCCAAUAAUGCUCUACGCAACCUGGAAAAAAGAUCUGAAGACCCCCGUCUUCAUCACCUUUGUGCUUUUCUUGGUAGUGUAAGUGUUCUACCUCCGCACGCAUUCCAAACUAAUAAUUCAAGAACAAUCUGCUAUGCGAACAUCACACCUUCCAUGAAUAAUGCCCAGAUAGGCUUCAACAUCAUUGGUAAGCAGCACCGAGUCAAUCCCUAUUUCACCAUCUUAUACACCUACCUAACACAACCCUAGCCGCCAUCGGCCAAGCAGGCCCUCUCACCCUCCUCCCAGCCCUCGUCCAGUUCACUUCCCCCCAUGCCUACCUCUCUACCGCAACCGGUCUGGCAUUCUCCGCCCGCGCUCUUGGCGGCGCCUUCGGUUCCGCAGUCCUCAACACAAUCAUCAACAGCAAGAUCACCAAAUCCUACGCGAGCACCGUCUCCUGCGUCGCCAUUGAAGCCGGACUCCCCUCAAGUUCCAUCCCAGAGCUUCUCGAGGCUUUCGAAAAUGGAGAGGGCUUUGAGAAUGUAUCGGGGAUUAGUCCGCAGAUUUUGGGGGUGGCGACGGUGGCUAGUCGAAGUGUUUAUGCUAGUGCGUAUAGGCUGGCUUGGAGUAGUAUUAUACCGUUUGUGGUGCUUGCGCUGGUUGCGGUGGGGUUCUUGAAGGGGGUUAGGGAGUUGAUGACGGAGCAUGUGGAGGCUACUGUUGAGAGGGUUGGGGAGAAGGAGGGAGAGGCUGAGGCAUGAAUGAUAGGGGAAUGACCUGGGGUAGAUGAUUUGGCUGUCUUGGUUGUCUGGAUCCAAUAUUGUUGGUGCUAUCGAAGUCUGAGUUGGAGAGGUGAUGAUUACCUGCUAUACACACACUAUAAAGAAUUUAGGUUAUACUAAGGGUUCAGCACAAAAAGCUAAAUGUUUUAGUAUGCCUAAAUAAAAUCAACAAGUCAUGGUUCUUCCAACCAUUUAUAUGUAUAUCAGGUAGUUAUGCGAGGCUUUUUGAAUAAUACUGCUCUAAGCUAGGUGCGUCCGGAGUAAUGCUCAGGUCUUUCAAUACAAG